AUGUUUACAUUAUUUUCAGGUUUCGCCAAUGAAGAACUGUUGGAUGAAAUAUUAUUUUUAACCGUAGCUGCUGUUGAAACAACUUCAACAGCAUUGUCAUGGUUCAUUUUCUAUAUGAGUAAAUAUCCGCAUGUUCAACAAAAAAUCAAACAAGAACUAUUAGCAAAUAAUAUAACAAAACGAACAUAUCUGACCUCUGAGACAGUCGAUAAACUUGUCUAUGUUGAUUGUGUUUUAAAAGAGUUAUUCAGAUUUGCUCCAAAUGUGGAUAUAACAGUUAGAACGGUGAUAGAGGAAGAUGAAAUUGAAAAUGUUAAACUAAACAAAGGUGACACUAUAUUUAUUUCAUUUUCUAAUAUACAUAAAGAUAAACGUUAUUGGAAUAUAGAUCCAAAUCAGUUUUUGCCGGAGCGAUUCUUAAAUGAAGAUAAAAAUCAUUCUCCAUAUGCUCUUCUUCCAUUUGGUGGCGGUCAUCGUCAAUGCCCCGGUCAAGAUUUCGCUCGUUUGGAAUUGAAGAUAAUUAUAUCACGCCUUAUGCAAUUCGUCACAUUUACUGAUGGAGGAGAAAAAACAAAUAAGGGUGGGUACAAACAACGGUUUACGGUUACACCACAACAAAUGGCUGUUCAUAUUAGUUUCGAUUGA